GAAAAUUUUGGUAUUGGCCGCUAAAAACGAGGAGAAGGCUUUAAACGCCAUCGUUUUGGUACUUUGACUGGUGGAAUAAAAACCCUUUUGACUCAAACGUCGACCUAAAAAAAAAAAAGAGAGAGACUAGACUUCUCUACGACGGACUGUCACAGAACUCUUCUUUGUUGUGUGAGAGAGAGAGAAAAAGUGAAGAGACAAGCACCGUGCUUUUGAUCGGAGAUCGGAGGAAUUUAGAUUCGGUUCUCUGUCUUUGUGCUAUUGGGAGAGACGAUGGCAACUUCUCGUUCGGAGCGAUUUCCGAUAACGCCGACUACGGCGGCUACUAAUAGAUUGACGAUUACGCCUAAUUCUAGGGUUUUGAAAAGCCCUCUCACUGAAGAAGUCAUGUGGAAAAGGCUUAAGGAUGCUGGGUUUGAUGAACAAUCGAUCAAGAAGAGGGAUAAAGCCGCCUUAAUCGCUUACAUCGCCAAGCUGGAAUCUGAGGUUUAUGAUUACCAACACAACAUGGGUCUUCUCCUUUUGGAGAAAAACGAAUUGCUGUCUAAGUAUGAAGAGAUUAAGGCCUCUGUGGAUGAGUCUGACCUAACACAUAUGCGAGAGAAAUCGGCUUAUGUCUCGGCUCUAGCUGAAGCAAAGAAACGAGAAGAGAGUUUGAAGAAGGAUGUAGGCGUUGCAAAAGAGUGUAUAUCUAGUCUGGAGAAGACUUUGCAUGAGAUGCGUGCAGAAUGUGCCGAAACAAAAGUUUCUGCUGGGAGUAAAAUCUCGGAAGCUCAUGUUAUGAUUGAGGAUGCUCUGAAGAAACAUGCAGAUGCUGAAGCAAAAAUGCGUGCAGCAGAAGCUUUACAAGCAGAAGCCAACCGUUAUCACCGAAUUGCAGAGAGAAAGUUGAAAGAAGUUGAAAGUCGUGAAGAUGAUCUUACUCGGCGUCUUGCAUCUUUCAAGUCUGAGUCUGAAACGAAAGAGAACGAGAUGGUUAUUGAGCGACAGACUUUAAAUGAGAGGCGGAAGAGCUUGCAGCAAGAGCAAGAAAGGUUAUUGGAUGCACAAGUUUCACUAAAUCAAAGAGAAGAUCAUAUUUUUGCUAGAUCCCAAGAAUUAGCUGAACUUGAAAAGGGGUUAGAUACUGCAAAGACCACAUUUGAGGAGGAACGUAAAGCCUUCGAAGACAAAAAAUCCAACUUGGAGAUUGCAUUAGCCCUGCGUGCUAAAAGAGAAGAGGCUGUCUCUGAAAGGGAAUCUUCGCUACUUAAGAAGGAGCAAGAGCUGCUUGUUGCUGAAGAAAAAAUUGCCAGCAAGGAAUCUGAACUAAUUCAGAACGUCUUAGCGAAUCAAGAAGUUAUCCUGAGGAAAAGAAAAUCCGAUGUGGAAGCUGAAUUGGAAUGUAAGAGCAAAUUGGUGGAAGUUGAAAUCGAGAGCAAGAGACGGGCUUGGGAAUUAAGGGAGGUUGAUAUCAAGCAGAGGGAAGACCUAGUUGUUGAAAAAGAACAUGACUUGGAAGUUCAAUCAAGGGCAUUGGCAGAGAAAGAAAAGGAUAUAACAGAGAAGUCUUAUAACAUUGAAGAGAAAGAGAAGAAUUUGAUUGCUACAGAGAAAGAUAUUAACCUUAAGACAACUCUGCUGGAGAGUGAGAAGGAACGGCUUAGAAAAUUGGACCUGGAGCUGCAGCAGUCUUUGAUGUCAUUAGAAGACAAGAGAAAACUGGUUGAUUCUGCAACACAAAAACUUGAAGCCUUGAAGAGUGAGACAAGCGAAUUAUCUACUCUGGAGAUGAAACUCAAGGAGGAGUUAGAUGAUUUGAGGGCCCAAAAGCUUGAAAUGCUGGCUGAAGCAGAUAGAUUGAAGGUGGAGAAGGCUAAAUUUGAGGCUGAGUGGGAACACAUUGAUGUAAAGAGGGAAGAGUUAACAAAAGAAGCAGAGUAUAUAACUCGUCAAAGAGAGGCUUUUUCAAUGUAUCUCAAGGACGAGCGUGAUAACAUCAAAGAGGAAAGAGAUGCAUUGAGAAAUCAGCACAAAAACGAUGUGGAGUCGCUAAACCGAGAGCGUGAAGAAUUCAUGAAUAAGAUGGUGGAGGAACAUUCUGAAUGGCUUAGCAAGAUACAGCGUGAGCGUGCUGACUUCUUGUUGGGCAUUGAGAUGCAGAAACGAGAGUUGGAGUAUUGCAUUGAAAAUAAGCGAGAAGAAUUGGAAAAUUCCUCGAGGGAGAGAGAGAAGGCUUUUGAGCAAGAGAAGAAGUUGGAAGAGGAGCGUAUACAGUCGCUUAAGGAAAUGGCAGAGAAAGAGUUAGAACAUGUCCAAGUGGAACUAAAGAGGUUGGAUGCUGAGAGGUUGAAGAUCAAACUGGAUCGUGAAAGAAGAGAGAGGGAGUGGGCUGAGUUAAAGGAUUCGGUUGAGGAGCUAAAGGUGCAACGAGAAAAACUAGAGACGCAAAGGCAUAUGCUUCGAGCUGAAAGAGAUGAAAUCCGACAUGAGAUUGAAGAACUGAAGAAAUUAGAGAAUCUGAAAGUUGCAUUAGAUGAUAUGUCCAUGGCUAAAAUGCAGCUGUCCAAUUUAGAGCGUAGCUGGGAAAAGGUUUCUGCUUUGAAACAGAAGGUUGUAUCUCGGGAUGAUGAACUAGAUAUGCAAAAUGGAGUUAGCACUGUGAGUAAUAGCGAAAAUGGCUACAACUCUUCUAUGGAAAGACAGAACGGCUUAACCCCUUCAUCUGCUACUCCAUUUUCAUGGAUAAAACGAUGCACUAAUCUGAUAUUCAAGACUUCUUCAGAGAAAUCCCCCCUAAUGCAUCAUCAUGAAGAAGGAGGAUCGCCUUCAGAAAAGUUGAAGCUAGAAUCGUCGAAAAGAGAAGAAAAAGCUUACACUGAGGGGCUGUCUAUUACGGUUGAAAGACUUGAAGCAGGAAGGAAAAGAAGAGGUAACACAUCUGGAGAUGACACUAGCGAACCAAGCAAUAACAAAAAGAGGAAACAUGAUGUUACCCAAAAAUAUUCUGAUGAAGCUGAUACCCAGAGUGUCAUAUCAAGCCCUCAAAACGUGCCUGAGGACAAACAUGAACUACCAUCAAGCCAUACCCAGACACCAAGUGGUAUGGUAGUGAUCAGUGAAACCGUUAAGAUCACGACAGUAACGUGUGAGACAGAGGUCACCAACAAAGUCACAACCCUUGAGUGCUCAGAAAGUCCUUCUGAAGCAGGGAGAAAGAUGGGAGAGGAGACACAAGAUCAGAGUGGGAUAAACGCGUCUGAAACAGUGGCUCAGAAAGAAGCUGCAACAGAAGAUAUAUGCAUAUAAGAAACUCUACGAAUCCUUUUGGGGUUUGGUUUAUAGAGAAGAUAAGGGUAUGUAAAUGGAUUUGAAAACUCGAUCUCUGGAUGUGAGAUAAUUCAUAGUCAGUUUUAAUAUUUUUUCAGAUUUGAGAGUGAGUGUAGUAGUGUUGGUUAGGUAAGGUAGGUAGGGAAGAAUCGUUGGGUUUUCUAGUGUGUUGCAGUGUGUGUAUUUGAGAAUAUAUGAUUUGUGAGGGAUUUCAAGACUAAAAGCUGAAAUCAUUAUCGUGUUUUAUUGUUUCUUCGACUU